AUGUUGCCGUUAGAGCUUGUAAUCGGAAGAAAAUUACAGGUUUUCACCGCCUGUUUUGCUGGCUUCGCACAUGGAGCAAACGAUGUAGGCAAUGCGAUUGCACCUCUAACUGCUCUCGUGGCAAUCUACAGAGACAAAAACGCUAGACAAGAAGGAGAAGUCCCCAUAUACAUCCUUCUUUACGGAGUGCUUGCCAUUUGUGUCGGACUUUGGACCCUGGGCCACCGAGUCAUCCGAACAGUUGGAACGAAUAUGUCCGAAAUCAAUCCUGCAACGUAG